GUUUGCUUUCCUUUCAAUGGCUACUGUGUGGGCUCUCAAACUUUUACAUAAAACAUUUAAAACCUCAUAUUCAAUACAGUAGGAUUAGGUGAUGGAAGGCAAACUGUGAGGAAAAUAGGCUUCUGGUCCACCCAGUGCCCAUCCUACCCACCCUCUUCAGUAAUUGGAGUUUAAGCAUGUCCUGAGCCCAUGCUUAAACUCACGGCACAAAACCACAGGCCUCAGGCCCUGUUUGUGCGAGGCUUGGGUCAGGACUGCAACCCCUCAGUUUAUUUUUCAGUGUUCUGGACAGUAACUCAGUUCUAGUUCUUGGUUUUGCUUUUAAAGUCUUGGGACCAUUGUUUUACCUUCCAGCUAUGGAUGUCAUGAUUCCAAAACACAACAGCGUUUAGAGGACCUUAACCAGAAACAAGACCAGAAUUAUCUUCUCUGGCAUGAGUUUCCCAAUGACAAUCAAAGCUCACCCUUUCCAUCUGGCUGUCAUACUGCAGAACCCACUAUAAAAGCCAGUAAAUCCCGUGGAAAAUGGCCUUCAGUGAUCUUACAUCGAGGACUGUGCGUCUUUAUGGUAAUUGGAUCAAGGGUGCUGAUCCAAGGGUUGAAGACUGGUUCCUCAUGUCCUCACCUCUGCCACAAACCAUCAUCUUGGGACUCUACGUCUAUUUUGUCACUUCUCUGGGACCAAAGCUCAUGGAAAAUCGAAAGCCCUUUGAACUCAAGAAAGCGAUGAUAACGUACAAUUUUUUCAUAGUACUCCUUUCUGUGUAUAUGUGUUAUGAGUUUGUGAUGUCUGGCUGGGGCACAGGCUAUUCAUUUCGAUGUGAAAUAGUUGACUACUCACGGUCGCCUACAGCGUUGAGGAUGGCACGCACCUGCUGGCUUUAUUACUUCUCCAAAUUUAUAGAGCUAUUAGACACUAUCUUUUUUGUUCUGCGUAAGAAAAAUAGCCAAGUGACUUUUCUGCAUGUCUUCCAUCAUACCAUCAUGCCAUGGACCUGGUGGUUUGGCGUCAAAUUUGCUGCAGGUGGCUUGGGGACAUUCCAUGCCUUUCUAAAUACAGCCGUGCAUGUCGUCAUGUAUUCCUACUAUGGACUGUGUGCGUUGGGACCAGCCUACCAGAAAUACCUGUGGUGGAAAAAAUAUUUGACGUCGUUACAGCUUGUCCAGUUCAUUAUUGUCACCAUCCACAUAGGCCAGUUCUUUUUCAUGGAGGAUUGCAAGUACCAGUUUCCAGUCUUUCUGUACAUCAUUAUGAGUUAUGGGUGCAUCUUUCUGCUGCUCUUUCUCCACUUUUGGUACCGUGCUUACACCAAAGGUCAGAGGCUGCCCAAAACUGUGAGAAAUGGAAUCUGCAAAAACAAAGACCACUGAAACCCAAGUACAACAUGGAUCCAUGAAUGAGACUGAUAUCUUGUCUUCCUUGACAAUCAAGAGAUGUUUCCAUGUGCAGUGCAUUUUGUAUAUUUUUCAAAAGCAAGAGCUUGUAUUUUUAUGAUAAGUUAUUGGGGUUUCUGAUAUUUGAGAGCCCAAACUCCCAGAUAACAGUCCCCUGAUAAUUAGAGCCUGAAGCAGCCAGUUUUUCAGCUGCUUUUAAACCUCAUCUAAAGGUUCUGUUUAAUACAUUUUAUUACAAUAAAAGGAUCAUGUGAAACAGUACAGUACUUUUCAAAGAAGUUCGGUAUAAAUGAAAAAUAUCAUUAGAUAUUUUGAGUGCGGACAGAGAUCCAUGCUGUACAGUGGAUUCCUUCUGUCAGAUCUGCAAACCUCUAACUGUGGGCUCUGGCAUUGUAGCUUGUUGACUGUAGUCAGAAGACACUGUGUUUAUUCUAGAGUUAAAUUCCCAUUCUAAAGAACUAAUGAAGUGAACACUAAGUGGAUGUUGGAUAAGUUGUUAUUUAAAAUCACUAUCAAUAAUUGUUAAUGAAUCUCUUGAGUAGCGACCGCCAGUUUUGCUGAUGAGACUGUGUCACCACCUUUUGUUGUAUGAAGUGUUUAGAAGUAACUAUCCUUUCCAUGAACACAUUGAUGCACUUAACACUACGGUUAAGUGAAUAUGCUGAAAACAGGUGAUUUAUGCUGAUGGCUUAAUGAACCCUUUGCUAUUACUGUUUUUCAAUUAUCUCUGUAUAUUUCUGGGAAGAAGUGAAUUUGUCAAUGGAAAAAGUGCUUUUUACUGGGAAAAGUCUGUUGUCUGUUGUAUUAUAAUGUCACUUCCUUAUAUAGUCACGGUUUAAAAGAUUAUCUUGGUUAAAUAUGUAUUGGUUAGAUGUGCAAAUGUUGAUGUCGUUAACAUAUUGCAGGUACCCUUACAUCAUAAAUGAUUUUAGACCACCCAUCAGUUUCCAGAGAUGUGUUAGAGUGGCUUGUGGGCAGUUGGAGGUAAAGGGUGAUACAGAGAUUAUCCAUGGAAGAUUUACUUCUGUAAGGGUCUCUCUCAAUAGAGAGAGUGAGACUACAUAAUAGUUACUGUUAUAGAUAUAUGCAUGAAAAAAUAUUUUCCAGAAUUAUUAAUUAACAGCCUGGAUUUCUUUUUUCAGACUUAUAAAUUACAUAAUUAAGGACUAAAAUUGAUUUUGCAUAGGUUUCAUUUCUUUAAAAUUGCUACUUUCUAAAAUUCUCUUGUUCUUGAACAGUGAAUUUUUGUCCAAGAGACACAAAUAUUUGGACAUUUAAAAUGAUUCCUUAUAGCUUGUUUUUUUCCUGUUAUAUUUAUACUCAAUUUUUGAAGGACUGCUUAUGCUUGUAUUACUUCAUACAAUGAGUACUUAUGGGCCUCAGUUCUCGUGUAACACACAGUGAUACGUACUAUACAGAGUCUGAGUGUUUACUCACUGUAAACUCCUAGAGUUCCGUGUCUUCCCCCAAUCUCUUGAUCUAUACCAUGGCCUUUCACACUUACCAGACUCAUAAGGUUAUGUGCCUUUAAGUGACCUUUAGUGACUUCACUUGCUUACAGCAUGGGAAGAUGAGGGUUGGAAAAUGGGGGGAAAUUCAUAUUUUUAAAAAUAAAGAAUAAAGAACAGGAGAGCAGAGCUAAAAGAAACAACAGAUCUAAUUUACUUCUCUGAUAGUCUCUGGAUUCCUUAAGUGUUUUCUUGUUUUGGCUCUUCAAAUCCAACUUGUGCUAAAUGAGAAGGUAUGGUAGGUGCUGUUAUAUAUACUCACAAUUGCCAAAGACCACAGUAGGGUAAAGACCAAAAGCAAGCAAAAGUAGGAAGAUAAAACAGGAGAGUUUGAUUUCUUUCCCUGCACUCUUUCUGACCUGCACUGUACAACCUCUCCUAACCGCCCUGUAGUCUUUGAAAUGUUUGGCGUGCCUGUCAGCUAACAGCAACAUGUGAUGGAAACACAUUCUAAAUUAUACAAAUAGAAGUGGAGAGCUAGAAUGUUACAUGAAAAGAAAUCACAGCUGGCAGAAACAUCCUUCAUAUAAACAUUAGCAGAUCAAAAUGCAUCCAAGGAGUGUAGAGUGCACAGGCAAUGCUUUACUAAAGGGCUUUGUGGGUCACAGAGAGUUUCUUUUGGGGUUUCAUCCACUUUUCAGGACUUGAUUGCCUUUGGAUUUGCUUACGUAACAAAUAAAGAGCCCAGUUACAAAAUCUGAUUUAUGAAUAAGGCCCUAUGAAUCCUCAAAAACUUAUAUAUUGUAAAUAAAUAGAAAUACAAAAUUUUAAAUACAUAAGGGACAUUGCCAUUUACAGUCUUAAUUUAGUAGAAUUCUUAAUUGAGUAGACUACGUUAUUACCUAAAUUAUAAAAUUAUGAGGUUACAUUUCCUCAUAUUAUCCCUUACUUCUGUCUUGUUUUUAAAGAAUGUGAAAAACUCUGGAUAUUUUCCAAGUUUUGUGUGUGUGUGUGUGUGUGU